AUGAAUGAUGCCAUGGAAACACAGAAGCUUGCUGAUAAAAAUUACUUGACUGAUAUGAACGAAUUUUUCGGAUCACAAUAUGAUGAUGCAAACAAAGAACUAUUUGCUGAUUACGAGUCAACACUAUCUGAAAUAAAGGAAACUAACAAGGAAAUUCAAUCCGGACAAGAGAAACAUAUUGAACAAACAAAAGAUGUUUACAAUGACAUUUUGAAAAUGUCACCUUAUCACGAUAGAAUGGUGGAAAAGAAAAAAUGGCUUGAUACUACACAAAGAGAUAGAGAUAAAACUGUUGAAACACUUAAAAAAGUUGGUGAAAAAUAUAAUUCCACACAAAAAGAUACACCAGAGUAUAAAGCAAUUGCAAAAGAAUAUGUUAAAUAUGUUAAAGAAGAGAAAGCUGUUGUGAAGAAAUUCGAAACAGAAAAUAUUAAUUUCAAGAAAGAUAAUACAGAGUAUCAAGAAAAUUUUGUAGUUGCAUUGUCAUCAGACUUCAUAAAAGAUCUUGAAUCUCGUGCUGAACUUGCUACUCAUCAAAUAAAUACUGGAAUGAAAAUUCAAAAACUUGUUUCUGAAUUAGUCUACGUUGAUCAUGGAAGAAAUCAUGAGCUUGAUGAUGAAAUUGACGUCCUUACACAAAUUAUUAAUCAAGGCGCAUAA